AUGAAAUUUGCUACCUCAGUCAGCUUUGUGUUAUUGGCCAUCUUCGCCACUGCUUACUCCCAAAAUGUUCAAGCAGGUCAUCAUCAUAUAACUCUUGUAAAAAGAUCUUUUCUCGAUCAAGAUCAUUCAAGAUCUUCAAAUCGUCUAAACCAUCGAAGUAUCCAUCUCCAAAGUUCAUCAAGCAUACAUCCUAGAACAUUUGGUACUAUGGGUGGUGGAGAGUCAAGUGGUUUCGGAGGUGGUGGAUUCGAUCUCAAAUCAAUGUUCGAGGGCAUCAUCAAAAUGAUCACUGGUGGUGCUGGUCUCGGUGCUCCUCCGGCUGCUGGUGCUCCUCCUGCGGCCGGUGCUAGUGCUCCUCCUGCUACUGGCAGUAGUGAUACUCCUCCUGCUAGUGGCAGUGAUACUCCUCCUGCUACUGGCAGUAGUGAUACUCCUCCUGCUACUGGCAGUGAUACUCCUCCGGCUAGUAAUAGUACGACUCCUCCUGCUACUAAUAGUACUACUCCUCCUGCUACUGGUGGGGCUGCUACGGGUGGUGAUGCUGCACCUACUGGCAGUGGUAGUGAUGCUCCUCCUGCUGGUGGUGAUGACACGGACUCAUCAGAUUCGUUUUGA